AUGCCAAACUUGAGAUACGUUCGCCAUACAUCUUCCUCUGAAUCCUCUGUCGAGGAAUCAAACGCUACACCACAAAAUCGACAGGAUGCUCGCGUUGGUCUUAUUGCAGAAUACGUCAACAUUCCUGAUAAGACAUUAAGCCCUUGCCAUUUGAGCGAGUUAAAACGCACACGCGCAUAUCGACGCACAUCGUACCUCAAUAGAGCGGAACAGGACAUCAAGAAAUUGGUUCAAAACAAACGUCGAGAAGAUUUCCGCGCAUUGCGGGAAGCACUCUAUCUGGUUUAUACAUACAAAGGACCUUUCCUUCAAACCAAGCAGGAGAAAACCCUCGCUGCCCUUUACCUGCGUAGGAAAGGAUUAGGCAAGAUGUUUGUUAAUGGUUUCAAUAACGAGAUCAAAUGGGAGUGGCUCAGCACUCGUGUUAAAGACAUUAAUAAGCAAGAUAUUACUCAUACUCCUUUACAUCAUUUGAAAACACCCAUGAGAUUGUUAUAG